AUGCCUUCCACCAUCCCUCCUCUUCUCAAACAACCAAAAAUAAUACUCUUCGACCUCGACAGCACCCUCUUUUCCCAUACCCAUUCCCUUAUCUGCGCCCUAACAGCCAUCCAAACCACCCACCCCCUCCUCUCCACCAUCCCCCUCCUUCACCUCCGAAAAACCUACAACGCCUCCCUCCAAACAACCUACAACCAGUACCUCACCCACCAAAUCACAUUCCCAGAAACCCACGCUCUGAAAAUUAAACUCUUCUACAACGCUUUAGACCUUCCCGCUCCAUCCUCGGAACAAGUUCAAGAAUUCAGGGAUGUGUACAAGGAGGCAUAUCGUGUUAAUCGUGUCGCUACCGACGGGAGUUGGGAUGUCUUGAAGAGGUUGAGAAAGAUGGGAUGGAAAGUAGGGAUAGUGACGAAUGGACAGGCUGAGGAGCAAGAGGAGAAGGCGCGGGUUAUUGGUGUGAGGGAGUUGGUGGAUUGUUUGAUUACGUCGGAGGAGGUGGGGGUUUGUAAGCCUGAUAGGAGGAUUUUUGAGAGGGCAGUUGAGAUAAUAGGUGGUAGUAGUGGUAUGAGAGACGGUGAUGAGGGAGUGGAAGAAGAGGCAGAAGUGUGGAUGGUGGGUGAUGAUGUUGAGGCUGAUGUCAAGGGGGCAUUGGGGGUUGGAUUCAAAGCAGUAUUGUACGAGGAUGGGGUGGAGAAGGGGAGCAAGAUGGUGGAUGGAAAGCAAGUCGACAUUAUCGGGAGGAUGCAUGAGCUCCUUGAACUUCUUGGUCUCACUUGA